AAGGCGCACAAGAAGAUGCCGGCGUUCCGUGGCCGCCGCGGCUGGUGUGGCUGUCUGCAGGAUGACGAGCCGCCCGAAAUUUGCGUGGUCGAAGGAGUGUUCUCACUGCAGACCCUCACCCCAACCCAACCGAUGCCGGCCAUCGACGAGCUGGACAGCAAGUUCGCGGAACUGGUCGAAGAGCUGGAUCUGACCGCACCGAACAAGGCCGCCAUGAUGGGUUUGCCGCCGCAGAAGAAGUGGCAAAUCUACUGCUCCCGGAAGACGCCCCUCGACAGCGGACCGAACGGGGCACCGCCGCAGGCCAUCCCGCCCACCCCGGAGCAGUACAUCGAGCGGCUGAAGGACAUGGUGCUGCAGCUGAAGGCGUGCACACCGGACGAGUCGCCGAUCCACGAGUACGGGCCCAAGAUCGAGUCGCAGACGGCGCUAUUCGACGCCCUCCGGACGGCCCUGCGCACUUCGGCCCACAGCUUCGUGAUACGGUUCAUCGAGCUGCAGGGUCUUCCGGCGCUACUCGAGCUGCUGCAAGCGCUCGAUAUCCGGGUCGCGAACAGCCCGCUGCACACGAGUCUGAUCGGGUGUAUCAAGGCGCUAAUGAACAACUCGACGGGCCGAUCGCACGUGCUGGCCCACCCGACCGGCAUCGACACGAUCGCGCGCUCGCUGGCGGCCGAGAACGUGAAGACGAAGAUCGCCGCCCUCGAGAUCCUGGGCGCCGUCUGCCUGGUGCCGGGCGGCCACAAGAAGGUCCUGACGGCGAUGCUGCGCUUCCAGGAGUACGCCGCCGAGCGGGCCCGCUUCCAGGGCAUCGUGAACGAUCUGGACCGCUCGACCGGCGCCUACCGGGACGACGUGAACCUCAAGACGGCCAUCAUGUCGUUCGUGAACGCCGUGCUGAACUACGGGCCGGGGCAGGAGAACCUCGAGUUCCGGUUGCACCUGCGGUACGAGUUCCUGAUGCUCGGCAUCCAGCCGGUGAUCGACAAGCUGCGCGGGCACGAGAACGACACGCUCAACCGCCAUCUGGACUUCUUCGAGAUGGUGCGCAACGAGGACGAGAAGGAGCUGGCCCGCAAGUUCGAGCACGAGCACGUGGACACCAAGAGCGCGACGGCCAUGUUCGAUCUGCUGCGUCGCAAGCUGAGCCACUCGCCGGCCUACCCCCACCUGUUGUCGCUGCUCCAGCACCUGUUGCUGUUGCCCCCGAGCGGUGGCGCGAACGCCCAGCACUGGCUGCUCUUCGACCGCGUCGUCCAGCAGCUGGUCCUGCAGCACGAGGAGCGCCCGGCCAGCGAUCUGAUCGAUCCGGACACUCCGGCCGGCGACAAGCGUUCCGAGACCGGCUCGGUAGCGUCGGCGUCGAUGAAGCUCCGGGACCCGGACGUGGCUCCGCUCGCGAUCGACGUGCGCAAGAUCGUGAAGCUGCUGGUGAAGGAGGAGGAACUGGUGGCGGCCCGGACCCGAGCCGAGGAUUUGGAGCGUGAGAACGGGGAGAUUGCGGCUCGGCUGGCGAAAAAGGAGCAAGACCUGGAUCACCGGACGCAGGAGAAGGAAGACCUGGAGACGUCGCUGGCGCGGAUGCGCGAGCGGCUGGAGAAGGAGAGCGCCAACCACUCACAGGCCGUCCAGCGGGCCCUGCACGCGGAGAUGCGGGCCGAGGACCUGCAGCACCGGUUCGCCGGCGAGCAGCAGGAGCGGAUACGGCUAGAGCGGCUGGUGACCGAGGGUAGCAUUCCGGACGACCAGAAGGUGGCCGGUCUGGCGGGCGCGCAGUGCAACGGACAGACGGCCACCUCACCGCCACCGCCGCCGCCGCCCUGCAAGCUACCCCCGCCACCUCCGCCACCCAUGAUGAUGUCGGCGGCCCCGGCAGCCCCACCUCCACCACCGGGCGGACUCGGCGGAGCAACGAAGCCUGGGGCCGUCAACGGAGUGGCCGGCGGCGGUCCGCAGGCCCCGGCCGCCCCGAAACCGGACGCCCCGAAGAAGAACGUUCCGCAGCCGGCGGCACCGCUCAAGAGCUUCAACUGGUCCAAGCUGCCGGACAGCAAGCUCCAGGGCACGGUGUGGAGCGAGCUGGACGACACCAAGUGGUACAACAGCAUUGAGCUCGAGUCCAUCGACAAGCUGUUCUCGGCCUACCAGAAGAACGGUGUGGCGAAUGAUGGUUCGAUCGAAGAUCUUCGCCUGAUCGGCAAGAACAAGGCCAAGGUACUGUCUGUGAUCGAUGGGCGCCGGGCGCAGAACUGCACCAUCCUGCUCAGCAAGCUCAAGAUGUCCGACGAGGAGAUUUCCAAGGCGAUCCUGUCCAUGGACUCGAGCGAGCACCUCCCGAUCGACAUGGUGGAGCAGCUACUCAAGUUCACACCAUCGGCCGAGGAGCGGGCCCUGCUGGACGAGCACUCCGAGGACAUCGAUUCGCUGGCCCGCGCCGAUCGGUUUCUGUACGAAAUCUCCAAAUUACCUCACUACGAGCAGCGUCUGCGCAGCCUGCACUACAAGAAGCGGUUCCAGGUGACGGUGAACGAUCUGGCGCCGAGGAUCGCGAGCGUGAUGGAGGCAUCGCGCGAGGUUGCCCGCUCGAGGAAGCUCCGGAAGCUGCUGGAGCUAGUGUUGGCGCUCGGUAACUACAUGAACCGUGGUGCGCGUGGCAAUGCGUCCGGCUUCCGGCUGGCGUCUCUGAACCGGCUAGCCGACACGAAGUCGAGUGCGGCCAAGGGAACGACGCUCCUGCACUACCUGGUGCAGAUCAUCGAGAAGAAGUUCAAGGACAUCCUGACGCUCGAGGAGGACCUACCGCACGUGAAGGAAGCGUCCAAGGUGUCGCUCGGCGAGAUGGACAAGGACAUCACGAUGCUGCGGGCCGGGUUGGCCGAGGUGAACCGCGAGAUCGAGUUCCACCGGAGCAGUGGGACCGCCCAGACGGGCGACCGGUUUCUGCCCGUGAUGCGCGAGUUCCACGCGCAGGCCUCGGUGCGCUUCGCCGAGCUGGAAGACCAGUUCCAGGACAUGAAGACGAGAUUCGACCGUGCCGUGCGGCUCUUCGGUGAGGACGGAUCGGUCGUCCAGCCGGAAGAGUUCUUCGGUAUCUUCGACGGGUUCCUGUCCGCCCUGAUGGAGGCGAAGCAGGACAACGAGAACUUCCGGCGGCGCCAGGAAGAGGAAGAGAAGCGCGCCAAGCAGGAGGCAGAGCUCAAGAAGCGCACCAUCGAGCGCAAAUCGAAGGAGGGCCUGCUCAGUUCGGUGGCCAAGAACCUGGGCCUCAAGUCGAAGCACACCAACGGGACGGGCCCUGUGACGGUAGCAGCCGACGCCAACAAUAAGGGCGAGUUUGACGACCUGAUCUCGGCCCUCCGGACGGGCGACGUGUUCGGUGAGGAUAUGGCCAAGUUUAAGCGCUCGCGCAAGACGCGCCUCGGCCCGAACGGAGCCACCAACACCUCACCGCCGCGCAGCCGCAACAGCAUCGGGCGGGAGGACAGCCGCGAGCGAACGGGUGUCGUUAACCGGCGGCAGUAGUCGGGACCCACCGCUACGCUCCUUAACCCACAGCCCUCGCAAAACCCACCCUGUACGUAGACCCCCUCAAACACCCCUCAACAUAUU